AUGCGAGAGCUGUGUGGAACUGCUGUUUGUGAGAGGGGCUGGGAAUUGCCAGGAGUGCGAUACCCCCCUGCGGAAGAGCAACUUCAGGGUACAGCUCUUUGAGGAUCCUGCUGUGGACAAGGAAGUGGAAAUUCGGAAGAAGGUGCUGAAAAUAUAUAAUAAAAGAGAGGAUGACUUUCCCAGUCUAAGUGAUUAUAAUGAUUUCCUGGAAGAAAUAGAAGAAAUUGUAUUUAACUUGACCAACAAUGUGGAUGUGGAGAACACCAAAAAGAAAAUGGAGCUGUACCAGAAGGAUAACAAAGAAGUCAUUCAGAAAAAUAAGAUAAAACUGACGCGGGAGCAGGAAGAGCUGGAGGAAGCUUUAGAGGUAGAGCGACAGGAAAAUGAACAAAGGCGACAGCUCAUACAGAAGGAAGAACAGCUCCAACAGAUGAUAAAAAGGAAAAAAAAACAGGCACUCUUGGAUGAUCUGGAGAGCUCCAGUCUUCCUGCUUCACUGCUAUUAGCUCAGCAUAAGGACAGAUCUACUCAGCUAGAAAUGCAACUGGAAAAACCCAAACCUGUCAAACCAGUCACGUUUUCCACUGGCAUCAAAAUGGGUCAGCAUAUUUCAUUAGCUCCGAUUCAAAUGGUAGAGGAAGCUUUGUAUGAGUAUCAGCCUCUGCAAGUGGAGACAUAUGGACCACAAGUUCCAGAGCUUGAAAUGCUGGGAAGGCUGGGGUAUCUCAACCAUGUACGAGCUGCCUCUCUGCAGGAUCUUGCUGGGGGCUACACUUCUUCUCUUGCCUGUCACCGAGCCUUACAGGAUGCUUUCAGUGGUCUGUUCUGGCACCCUAGUUAG